CCAGACUUGCCCGAGGCGCGUGUGUCUUUGGACACCGGUGAGUCGCUGUCCUUCGUCCCCGCGGUGAAGCAGCGGGGGUCUGCGCCCUCUGCGCUGUAAUGCCGCUCUGAAUCGCCUCUUUGCGGGAACUAUCGACUCAGACAUGACUUCAGUCUGGAAAAGACUCCAGCGAGUCGGGAAGAGGGCGUCAAAGUUCCAGUUUGUUGCCUCCUUUCAAGAACUCGUAAUAGAAUGCACAGAUAAAUGGCAACCAGACAAACUGAGGGUGAUGUGGAUCAGAAGAAACAGACGUCACAGUACCAAGCUCCACAGCUGGCAGCCUGGUAUAAAGAACCCAUACAGAGGCCUGAUCAUUUGGCAGGUUCCAGAGAGUUUAAACAUCACUGUGACUCUCUUCAAGGAACCUACUGCUGAAGAGUUUGAGGACAAAGAUUGGACUUUUGUCAUUGAAAAUGAGACAAAAGGCCGUAGGAAAGUUUUAGCAUCAGCUGAUGUUAAUAUGAAGAAGUACGCCAGUGCCGCCUCAGCUCAAUACAACAUAACACUGAAGCUCAAGCCACUGUCUGUGAAAGUGGUGGAAGCCACGCUCAUACUCAACUUGUCAUGCAUCUUCCUCAAGGAGGGAAAAGCUACGGAUGAGGACAUGCAAAGUUUGGCCAGCUUAAUGAGCAUGAAACAGAGUGACGUAGGCAACCUGGAUGACUUUAAUGACAGCGAUGAUGAGGCAGGCGAAGAGAGACGAGUCAUCUUUGGAACUGGACAGAGCAUCCAUGUUGCUGCUUCCUGCAGUGUGAGUGAACAAGAUGUGACUGGGAGGCCUGAAAGUCAAUCGGGCCCCAGAGUAACCGUCGGGAUGGACAGGAUAAAGUCCUCUGGCAUUUCCUCCAUACAUGCUCCCUUAUUUGAACCUGAAGGUCCUUCAGAUCCACUCGUCUUCCUGCAAACCCACAUGCAACCACCAAGCCCCACCCAAACGGGUCGGCCUUCACCUCAUGCCAGCUCAGGGCUGGCUUUUACACAUGCUCUUCCUCCAGUACUUCCAAAAAUCUUUCAGUCAACUUCCAGAUCAGCCCUGCGAAGGCCCCACAGCUUCCACAAUGAUGCCUGCUCCUCUGAUGGUGUGGUGGCCCGGUAUUUCUCUACACUCGUCCCUUCUAAAGCCUGCUCUACCUCUUCUCUGUCUUCAUCUGAUCCAUCUCCACACCUCCCUGCUUUCUCUGACAGAUCACACACAGUUCCUCUAAGAACCUUCCCUCCUAUACCUCCCACUUCCAGGCAGCCCAAAGAUCGACCCACCUCAAUGGUGGAGUUGGGCUGUACCCUCACUAAGCCCACAAGUCUUCCAUCUGCCUGCGAGAGAGCUUCCUGGCAGACUGAAUGGAAGCCUCCUAAAUUUCAGGCCCCUCUAGCACAGCCGGCCCUCUCGCCUAAGUUUUUGCGUCUUUCUGCGAGUCAUCCAGGAGAAGUUGUGGUGGUGCACAAAGAGCAGGGAAUAGAAAUACCUUCAUCCUGUUCGUCUGCAGCUCAGUCUGUGGAUCAGAAACAGCAGGAAGAGACAGGAUAUGUUUUCUCUGGGAAACCUCAUGGCAGUGUCACUGUACAGAACCGCUCAACUACUUGUCAUAGUCCUUCAUCUGCCCCUCUGCUCUCUGGGGCUCCUCAUCCUCCCCAGCCACACAUAUUUGAAACAGUCAUAAUCUCCCCAAGUAGACAGGAAGCAGAGUUUAAGAGACAGCUGAGUACCCUGAGUGAGGAGGAGAGCCAGAGUUCAGGCCCUGCAGCAGCCAGCCUGAGGACAGACACAUCCACAGCACCGGGGCAGAAAACCAAUGCACCAUCAGCAGUGGAGCUCAUCAAAGCUUCAGCAGGCCCCAUGGCUCAGAGGGAUACUGAAAAAGGACAAACUGUUGUCAAAGAUACAGACACUACAGAAGUCACUGUGGAAAGACCUGUACAUUUGUCCUCAGGGGAACCAAGAGAUUUGUGUCUUUUAGAGUCAUUGUGUUGUGAUUCUGUUGAACAAACAUGCACCAGACAUAGUGAGCGUGGAGAUGAGAACAUGGUUUCACAACAACCUCCAUGCCCAUUUUUUACUGAAUCCAGAAUACUCCUUUCUCAAACUCAAAGAGCUAUUUCAGCACAUCAGUCACAAAAUGCUCCUGCUUUGGGAACCAUGAAGUGGCAGGAGCCUAAAGUGAGAACCUGGAAAUGUCCCUCAGACAGGGAGAAGAAGUAUGUAGCUACACAGGAACCUCUAGAAACAGAACUGGCAAAAGAAUCGGCUGGUCUAGCCCCGUCAGCUAGUUCUUCCAUAGUGGUACACACUGAUGAUAAUAAAAAAGAAACUGCGAUGGAAAACCAGUUACCUGUCUGCCAAACUGUUGAAAAUGAACUACAAAUUCUUGAAACCCCAAGCAAUGAGUAUGAUCCUCAGUCACAAAGUCAUUUGAAACAUAUGGAGAAUGAAAGCUCAUUGUGUCCUAGUGCAGGUUAUUUGCCACAUUAUCCCAUGCCCGAAUCUUACAGUAAAGAAUUUAUUUUCUUGAAAACAUGUCCCAGAAUGACAAACAUACCUGGGAUGUCAGGCAUAUCACUAGGUAGUGAUGAAAAACACUGGCCACUUGAUCAAAUGACAAUCUGGAACAAAGGCUUCCACAUGAAAGAAAAGGGACUACAACUCACAUCAGGAGAGAAUAAAAACCAUGAAAAAGAAAGUAUCUUACUGAAACCAUGUUGUCCAAGGCAGGCUAGAAUUUCAGGUUUCCCAUCGGUGUCUCAAAGGAGUGGCAACAGUUAUUGUUGUACAAAACCAACAAAGAAAACUUUUUUAAAUGAAGAUAAGCAGUCAGAAUCUCAACAGGAAGUGUUUAGAAAUAAGAAAAUACAAACUAAAGCUUUUUCAAGUACAGUGUCACCAAAAGAGGACUGUGAAACUGAAGAAAAGAUGGCUCAAGAGGUCUUAAAGCAUUCUCAUACACCAGAUAUAGACUCAAUUGUACAGACUACUGUCACAUUCUAUCAAUCAGACAUAACUAUUUUAGGUUCUUGUCCAAUGAGCUCACCAAUUGAAGGCAUUCCAUCAUUAGUUAAUCAUAAUUUCAGUGAAAGAUGGAUUACAGAGUACAAACUCUUCACAGUGACACAUUUUAAAGUUCGAACAGUCACAAUUAAUGACGUACCCCAUAAUAUAAAUGAUGCAGAGUCUGUAAAGGGAAUGACACCAUUAGCCCCAACUUGUCCAAAACAAGCUUGUGCAUUUGGACUUCCAUCUGCAUUUGAACUUACUGGCAUCCUUAAUGGAUCUAGUGUGGUUAACCUUGUUCCAUCCUGUCCUUCUGUCUCCAGAAUGGCUGGCAUUCCAUCUGUCCAAAAGCCUGACAACAAAGAUUGGAAAAUCAGUAAUAAACCGUUGUGGGAGAAAUUGUUGAAUAUUAGGACCCUAAUACUGCUAUCAAGCAACAAAACAAAGAAAAAAUGGAAAAGAAGUGUUUCUCUUUCACAAAGUUGCCCAUGUGAGUCAAAGAUCCCUGGACUUCCUUCUAGAGCAAAUCCUAGAGUGACUGAUAUUGAGACAAUAAGUAUGGUGGGUAUUUCAAAUUCAUGUCCAAAGAUCUCUCAGAUUGCAGGAUGUCCAUCAUUUCAUUGUCCAAAAUUGUGGACAGUAAGCAGAGAGACACUGUUUGAACCAAAGGUGAAAGAAGAACACUUGUUCCUUAUUGGUCACCUUGACAGAGACAAGAGACAAGCAAAAGAAAUGGUUUCCCUCUUGCCUUCCUGUCCCAGGGCCUCAAGAGUUAAAGGUUUCCCUUCGGUUCCCAAUCCCAAAAUGGAGCAUUAUAGACCAAAUAUAGUCAGUCUCAUUCCCUUGUGUCCUGUAAUUUCUAGUAUACAAGGAUUCCCAUCACUGGAACCACAGAAUGAGGCAGGUUGGUCUGCUCACAAAGGUUCAUUGAUGUACAGGACACAAAGGACUGUUCAGUUUUGUUAUGAUUUAUUACCAAAUGUUGCAGACAAUGCAAAGGACAUGUGGCAUUUUGCUUCAUCCUGUCCAAGAGAAUCACUCAUUGAUGGUUUUGCAUCAAAACCACAACCCAGUGUGACUGAUAUUGAGGCAAUAAGUAUGGUGGGUAUUUCAAAUUCAUGUCCAAAGAUCUCUCAGAUUGCAGGAUGUCCAUCAAUUCAUUGUCCAAGAUUGUGGACAGUAAGCAGAGAGACACUGUUUGAACCAAAGGUGAAAGAAGAACGCUUGUUCCUUAUUGAUCACCUUGACAGAGACAAGAGACAAGCAAAAGAAAUGGUUUCCCUCUUGCCUUCUUGUCCCAGGGCCUCAAGAGUUAAAGGUUUCCCUUCGGUUCCCAAUCCCAAAAUGGAGCAUUAUAGACCAAAUAUAGUCAGUCUCAUUCCCUUGUGUCCUGUAAUUUCUAGUAUACAAGGAUUCCCAUCACUGGAACCACAGAAUGAGGCAGGUUGGUCUGCUCACAAAGGUUCAUUCAUGUACAGGACACAAAGGACUGUUCAGUUUUGUUAUGAUUUAUUACCAAAUGUUGCAGACAAUGCAAAGGACAUGUGGCAUUUUGCUUCAUCCUGUCCAAGAGAAUCGCUCAUUGAUGGUUUUGCAUCAAAACCACAACCCAGUGUGACUGAUAUUGAGGCAAUAAGUAUGGUGGGUAUUUCAAAUUCAUGUCCAAAGAUCUCUCAGAUUGCAGGAUGUCCAUCAAUUCAUUGUCCAAGAUUGUGGACAGUACACAAAGAGACACUGUUUGAACCAAGAGUUAAAGAUAAACACUUGUUGAGUAUUGAGGCCCAUGACAGAGACAAGAGACAAGUGAAAGGAAUGGUUUCUCUCUUGCCAUCUUGUCCCAGGGUGUCCAGAAUUAAAGGUUUUCCAUCUAUUCCUAAUCCUAAAGUUGAGUAUUAUAAACCAAAUAUAGUCAGUCUCUUUCCCUUGUGUCCUGUGACUUCUUGUAUACCAGGAUUCCCAUCCCUGGAACAGCAGAAUGAAGAAUGUUGGACAUGUGACUUAGGUUCAUUGGUGUACAGGUCACAAAGGACUGUUCAAUUUACUUUUGACUUCUCACCAAGUAGCACAAACAAAAUGAAGAAGAUGUUUUGUUUGGUCCCAUCUUGCCCAAACGAUUCCCUCAUUCCUGGUUUUCCAUCUGUCCCCCAAUGCAGUUUGUCAGGUCUUAAACCUGAGGAACCCUCCAAACUCAAACUCAAAUCCAGCAUGGAACCUAAUAUAACUAAUUUUGUACCCUGUUGCCCUAUUACCUCAUGUAUCAGAGGAUUUUCAUCCUUGAAUCCAGGCCCAAACACAGACUGGCUAAGUGAAGGAAAACUGAUACUGAUGAAACCUCAAGUUAAGCAUAAAAGUAUCUUGAUUCCGGAACAGGAGCAUCUAGAUUUAUACAACAGAAAAGGUAUGGUAACUUUAGUGACAUCCUGCCCCCAAAAGACCAGAAUUUAUGGCUUUUCUUCUGCCCAAAAGGUAAAUCGGCCACCAGAUAUGGUCAGCUUAUACUCAUGUUCUCCAUGUGUUUCACGUGUUCCUGGUUUUCCAUCUGCAAGAAGGCUUAGUUCUGAAUUUACAGAAACACACACCUGGAUCCCACAGAAUAUUGUCCUGUUUGAGAAGAAGCAAAAAGAGAAGGCUCGUCCUGCAACUUUGCCAGCGAUAUUGCUUCAUACACCAGAAAUUAAGUCUAUGGUCACACUGGCUUCAUCUUGCCCACAUAUAGCUCAGAUUCCUGGAUUUCCCAGCUAUUUCCCAGUGAACACAGCUGAUUUGAAAGCAGAGGUUAUUCAACGUCUUUCUGCUACUGAAGCAUAUGCUGCAAAUGUGUCCCAACAUGCGCAAUCAAAUCUCAACGAGAGAAGUGGCAUUCCUCUAUCAUUUGUUAGCAGUCAAAGCUCUGAACUCUCUUAUGAAGAAAAGAGGGGUGCAAAGGAAAGUGUAGAUCAUUAUCUGUAUUUUGGCCAAUCGCACAUAGUGAAUAACACAGCAGAAGAAAUGCAGACAGGGAAUAAAUCCUGGGAUACAUCAGAGGCAGCAGGACUUUUUGGAUGGGAGGUUUUGGAGGCAGAUGGAUCAGUGUCUGAAAAAAAGAGAGAACUCUCUUUAUCAGCAAAUUCAGAAGAAACCUCUGGAUUAGUAAAGGCCCUUGUUGGUGUUUUCCACAAAGGUACUCAGUGCCCAUUCAUCCUUUACAGUUAUGAAACAGUAGCAUCCAUCCUGGGCCCAUCUAGCUCUACCGUAGCAGACGUUGACCCCCCACUCACUGUUCCUUCAGUGUGCCUAGAGGAACAAAUGUUAACUCCUUCUGCUCCUUCUUCUGAGUUUUGGCCACAUUUCACUGACAGCAGGAUUCCUCCACAAAAGACAGAUGACAAUUCUAAGGACAUUCACACUAAACAAGAAUAUCCAAUAAGUGUGGAACCGUACAUGUGGGACUUGAUGGAUGGUCAGUCAGUCUCUUCGCUACCAACUGCUGGCAGUGAGGACACCCUUUUUGAUUCAAGUAUGAAUCGAUUUCCACUGGCAGAGGAGGACAACAAUCAGGAAACAGAUGAACAUGAGUUACCUCUGAAUCAGGAACAUUCAAAGGAAACAUUUCUGACUGAGCAGAACUCUGUUCAAAUAUCAAAGUACAUGGAAAGUUUGCUAGCAAGAGAUCAGGCUUAUGUAGAAGAAGAUGGAUUAGAAUUGAUGUUGUUCUCUCCUCAUUCAGAGAAAGGCCCGGCACAAACAAGCUCAAAAGAACUGUCUGCAACUUCUCUUCAGCCUACAGACAGUAAUGAACAAAGACAUGCAGAAUUUGAUUUACCCUUGGACCGAUCAGCGAGUGAUCAAGUUAAUAAUCCAUUGGUACCACAGCCUGACAUUGCUGGUCUUCAACAAGAUAAAAAGCCAGUGAUUCCACCUGAACUGAAAGAAGGUGAUCAAGACAUAUGCAUAGCUCCAAGAAGGCCAAACAGAAGGAGGGAUCAUUUGUCUGAUAAGCCUGUUCCAGGAGUUAUUCUCUCUGCCUGUGAGAAUUCUAUACAGCCAGACACUAUCCAGUCUAACUGCACAAAACCUCACAGUAUUUCUGCUUUGGACAGUAAAGCACAAUGCAACACAGUUCUUUCACAAAACACACAGAAGAAAGAAACGGUAACAGAACCUUCUCCAAUGACUGGUUUGUUUCAGAAUCCACAUCUACAGACAGAAACAGCGCUAGUUUGCUCAAAGGACACUGAACUGGACUGGCCUAACAAAGACAGUGCAGCCAGAGUUCAGGUAUCUUCUAACACACCGCUUUCUUUGGAAGCAAAAGAAGUAAAAACCCUUCCCCCUGUUCCAGAGUCAGAUGUAUUGCAUGAUGAGCUUUCUGCCCCUUUUUCAAUCAUCAAGAAGAUUCAUCUUCCAAAGCGAGUUAGAAAAGCUGGCAGAUCCAGUACUUACAAAGACAUCACUGCAGAUGAUUCACAUCACAUUUACCAGGUGCCAUUAGCCGGUAGCACAUUUGUUGAUACAUCCAACACUACAAACCAAAAGGCAGAAGAUUCAUUUUUAAAAAAUCCUGUUCCAAAACCUCGUGGAAAAAAACACAUCAGUGGCCCCAUAACAGACAUGUGUACCGCUGGAGCACUUACAUCUCAGGAAGCCCAUGGCAGAGUAGCACUGACAGCAGGGAGAAGCAGUCUGUUGAAUAUUCUUUCCAGACCUGAAGAGUUAACACAAGCUGAAGAUUGUUCUGAUCCUGUAGCUGAAUCUUCUUCACCCUCAGAUGGGACUAAUCCUGCAUUAAGAAGAACCAGAAUUACAUUUGAGCAAAGCAUUCAUGCAGUGUAUGGUGAUACUUCAGAAAAAUCACCAGGACCCUCAUGUCUACCAGUACCCAAAGAAAGAAGGAAACACUCCAGUGAUGCACUCCUCCAGGAUUCAAAAACUGCUUCUCAGUCAGACAACGUUGCAGAUGCUAAAGCAGUCCCAGAAAAUAAGAAAUCAACGUCGCCUGUUCCAUUCUGUCAAGUCCAGAAAGACCUUAGAAACACUGAUUUACCACCUGCAAACAAUUCCUCUUCCAUAGAAAUGGAAUUAUCUCCGACAAACUCAGAUCAAACAUAUGGCCUGAAAACAGAGGGAGAUUCAACAUCUCUCAACUUGAAAUCUGAUGGAGGUUCAGUUACAGUUCAGGGCGAAGAAGCAGUUCUGUUGCAGUUGGAGAGAGAUGUGCUAGAAGCAAUGGAAGAAGUGUUUACUCAGACACGAUCCACAGAGGACAAUGAAGAGAUUCAGGAUGAAAUCCUGCAAGAUUGGACCUUUACAGAAGAACCACUUGUUACAAAACCCUUACAGAACGAUGAGAAAGUAGAUUCAGAGAAGGAGAAUAUCACAAAGGUCCUGGAACGAGAGGUCAAUAGGUCUGGGACUGUCACUAUUUCUUCCUCUCAAGAUGACUGGCUGCAUGUAGAGCAUAAAAAAGAAAGCAAGCUUAUGGAAAUAAACACGAGAAGGGAAGUGAGAGAUGAAGAGUUGGACUCUGUGUCUGUAGAUCUAGCUGCUGGUUGUUCAAAGAAUCUAAGGUCAUCAGGGCAGCCUGUACCUGUUCCUCGUGGCAAGAAGCGCUUGAGUGGUUCCUCUCUAAAUGGCACCAAGUCACAAGCUGAAGCCCUUCAACAAGCCCGUGAGCCAACAACGCCUCAGAAAAGACCUGCAGAGGGCGCUACUUCUGUAGAGAAUACCCUCGGCAGUCCCAGCUUAGUGACCUCCAGUCGGUCUCUGCUGGAGUGGUGUCAGGAUGUAACUCAGGGUCACAAGGGAGUGAAGAUCACCAACUUCAGCACCUCCUGGAGGAAUGGCCUGGCCUUUUGCGCUAUCCUGCAUCACUUCCACCCUGGAAAGAUAAAUUUUGAAAUGCUGAACCCGUAUGACAUCAAGACCAACAACAAACAGGCUUUUGAUGGUUUUGCUGAACUUGGGAUUUCCAGACUGAUCGAGCCUUCAGAUAUGGUCAUGCUUGCGGUUCCUGACCGCCUUAUUGUCAUGACCUACCUCAACCAAAUACGAACCCACUUCACUGGCCAGGAGCUCAGUGUGCUUCAUAUAGAUAAAAACAGCAGUGAGUCUAGUUAUGCAGUAUCAGGGAACCAGGAGGCCCAGGAGGACCCAGAGGCAACUGUUCGCUACUGCGCCCAGAAACUCCAGGAGAAAGGUCUAAGUCUGGAGCUUAUUGGGAGUGGAAGCCCUGCAGAAGACGAAACCAAAAGCAGCGAUGAGAUGGCUGCACCUCCUCGUUCCAAACGGUUGCAGAAUGCUGGAGCAGGAGGAGCAGCCAGUUCUCGGUCUCCUGUGGCACCACCAAGGUCUCAUAAUCUAGCCAAGUCAGGCUUCUCCCGAGUGAAAGAUGCUGAUCUGCUCAAGAAGCGCAGAUCACAGAAGAAGAGUGGCUCAAUUGAUGAUGGAGAUGUAUUAGUGGCUGCAACAGAGCAAGACAAAAAGAAUUCAGAGACUGACAGAACAGAGUUUGUAGUUGAAGAAGAGAGACCAGAAGGUCAGGACACAAGCCAGUAUGUGUUGCAUCAGAUGGAAGCGCUAGAAGCCGAACAAAACCACAUUGACAACAGAGCAGGCAUAGUGGAGCAGAAACUCAGGCAGUUAAUGGAAACAGGCAGUGACAAGGUGGAGGAGGAGAGGCUGAUCCAGGAGUGGUUCAUUCUGGUUAACAAGAAGAACGCUUUAAUCCGAAGGCAGGACCAUGUGCAGCUGCUGCUGGAGGAGCAAGACCUGGAAAAGAGGUUUGAACUGUUAACCAAAGAGCUGAGAGACAUGAUGGCAAUUGAAGAGUGCCAGAAGACCCAGGUCCACAAACACAGAGAGCAGCUCCUACUGCAGGAGCUGGUGUCCCUGGUCAACCAGAGAGAUGAGCUGGUUCACAACAUUGAUGCUAAAGAAAGAGGAGCUGAGGAGGAGGAUGAGCGUCUGAACCGUGGCCUUGAGCAGAGAAGAAGGAAGUACGCUAAGGAGCAGAAAGAAAAGUGUGUCAUUCAGUGAGGAAAGCAAAGGAGGACAGUUCAGGACAAAAUAAAGAAUGAGGAAGUUAAGUCAACCAGAAGACUAUUUUAGGUCAGAAAACUGAUCCAGUCUUGUUAAUGCAAGAAAGCACUGAAACUGUGUACUUACUGUGCAGGCUCUGCUGACACUAAGAAAGUGUUUCGAUCUGAGGCAAAAUCCAGCUACAAUAUGUUGGAUCUCUAGACAAACUGUUAGUUUUAAAACAUACUGUUUAUUAUUUCUCUUAUUGAAGAAAAAACAGGUGAUCUGGAACAACUAAUGCUCAAUUUCUCAAAGUCAUUUCAUCUGAAGGGAAUUGUGCUAUUUUAGAUUAAAUUUAGUUGGAAUAUCAGGAAUGUAAGGCUUUGACUAGAUCAGCUCAUGGACAUCAGGGACAGCUGCAGGAUCUCUGAUGUUUAGGUAACACUGCUCACUUAUAUUUUAAAGCCAUUUCUUUUCAUAUUUUUCGCUGCCGAAGUUACUGAAGUGAAGCGUAGCACCAAUGUUUGAUUUUCUACUAUAAAGAAAUGUAAAAGCCAUAAAAAUGUCUCCAAGGUCUUGAGCACAUUAUUUACUUUGGCAGAUACAGAAUUGCCACUUGUAUUGUUUUAAUGUGUGGAAAGCAGCUGCUUGUCUUUGCUCUGAAAAAUGUUACUCUGUUUGUGUUGUAGGUUAAGGAAAGGAUGGACCAUUUCUGAAACCAGAUGCUUUUAAUACUUUUAGUGUUUGCAGUUUUUAUGACCUAUGACUAGCUCCAGUUUGUUUAGAGGAUUGGUCCUGGAGGUUUGUUUUUAAGAAUUUAAUGUGAAACUUUCACUACUGGAAAUACAAAAGAUCUGAAUGCAUCACUUGUGUGUAGGUGUGUGUGUGUGUGUGUGUGCGUGUGUGUUAAAGCUGUUCUCACUGUUCCAACACAUUUUAAGUCCAGCUGACUCCAGCUCAGCUCCAUCUGAAAAGACUGCUUGUUGUCCCACUUUCAGUAUUCAUUUCACUGACCCAGCAAGGAUUCAGCCAGUGGGUGUGACUGAUUCAGCUGUCAGUGCACUUCGGCACGAAACGUUGUGCCAGCAGAAGGACUAACUUGGAUUGGAUUGGUACGGAGCUAGCAUGUCAGGAUUCUGCUGCCAGUCUUCAUGCAAUCAAACAGCUUUCCUUCCAUGUGAGAAACCUUCCUGAAUUUCUGAAAUCCCCCUGUGGAGGAAGUGAUUCUGGGAUGAAUCAAAUAAAUAACCAUCAAGCCCAUAGAUACGGAUCAGUUCAAGUGUCCAACCUCAAAAUCAGCAGCUCCCCUCCAUAAACCCACCAUGACCCGUUUUCUUCAUUUUUACCUGAAACGGCGAAGUUUCUCACAAUCCUUCUCUGCCUUGAUGAAAGGUCAUGACUUGCCUUUUAUUUUAAGAAAUGUCUGUCAACCAUCAUUUGUUGCCUCAGAUCAUGACAGAACACUGAGGACCAAAAUUUGAAAACCUUAGAACAUGUUUAUCAUCAGGACUUACCUGACUGCUUUGUACCAAAAACCAAUUUUAUUUUUUUCCCUCCAGGGGGUCUUUUGUGGGCUCUAGUGUCCCUUAUAUGACAGUAGGCUGACAGAAAAGGGAGAGGGGGGAAGACAUGCGGCAAAUGUCGCUGGGUAUGGGAAUCGAACCCGCGACGGCCACGUCGAGGACUCAAGGCCUCCAUGUGGGUCGUGCUAUCCCCUACGCCACCACAGCACACCCCUCCAAAAAUCAACUUAACGCUGCUGCCACACACAUGUUGAUGUUCCUCAACAGGAUGAAUGAUGGCUUCCAGUGCUGUGAUCUGCUGCUGCUGCUGGUGGGGGGAGGUCCAGUUAUGAGGUCAGCUGACUAUAUGAACUUACUGAAACAGGUUAUGGACUUUUUUUCUUCCCUGACUCACAGAUAUUCCAACAUGAAACUGUCAGCAUUCAUCACUCUCAGGUUGUGAAAGCCUGGUGCAGCCAGCAUGAGGCAUCCAUAGAGCCUGGACCUCAACCCCACUGAGAACCUUUAGGGUGGGAUGGAGGAGGAUCUGGACAGCGGUCAGACUCUACCAUCACCAAUACAAGAUCCUGGUUAACAAUUAAUGCAGCACUGGGUGGAAAUAAAUUUGAUGACGUUGCAGAACCUUAUCGAAACAAUGACAUAGUGCAAAAACACAAAAUAUUUCACGUUUGGUUUAGUUUCUGGUGAAAAUAUCUGUAUACUUUAAGUAGGACAAAACUAACUUACAAUUAACUUUUCAGCCAGAUAAAGGAGCAUGUUCUAAGUUAAUAAUUGCUUAAUACUGAUGAAACAGUACUAGUUUUACUGGCAGAUCCCCCCACCCCCCAUUAACAUGGAAACUGUCUUAAAUAAUCUGCCAAUGUAACUAAGUUUGAACUUUUUUAGUUUUAUCAAGUGUAUUGGGAUAUUUGCACUAGAAACCAGACAAAACUCCAUGGUAAGAUUUUGUGUGUUUGCGGUGUGUGUGUGUGUGUGUGUGUCGUGAUUAAAGAUGAAGUGGAUCCAACAGA